AUGUCAACCAUAAUUAAUUUCUUGCUUUUAUCAUUUUUUGUUCCUGGCUAUUUCGUAGCAGAUGAAAUUGAAAUAAUCGAUGCAGGUAUCUUUGAUAUCACUGAUGGAGAUAUUGCAAUUAUAUUUUACUUAACGUUAAGUAAUCUAGGCGAAAAUAAUGCAGAUAUAUCAGUUACAGUGAAUAAAUGCUGCGACCAAACCAACUCAUUAGACGACGAAGAAUGUGUGCAGAUGUAUCUAAUGGGUGGUCACAUGGGGGUAUUAAAGAAGAAGCAAAUACGAAAUGUUACUCUUAUCCAUCCAACAAUGUAUCCCUAUUUUAGAAAAGGAACUUGUUCUAUUACUGUUCACUAUCGAACAGAGAGAUAUGGUAAAACGAUAGCCAAGUUAAUUAACUUUCGAACAAAUGGUUCCGACGAAGACAUUGCCCAAACUCAAUGUCCAAGCGUGGACACAGAUCCUAGAGAUAACUGUAAUCAGGUAGAUUGCGUAAUGAAAUAUUUUGGAGAAAAAAGUUACUUCAAUCCGAUUUCUAAAGAAUGCGAGAGAGUUCCAAUAUGUUUAGGCGAAUCUCCAAAUUCACCAGAUAUAGCAUACAAUUACAUCAGUAAUCAAUGUAUUAAUUUAAACAAUUCUGUGACACCUUCUGACCUAGAGUUACUAGAAAACAACCAAGCAGAAAUCCUUGACGAUGUUUUCGUUAAUCAGAACAAUAAAAUCUGCCAUCAUGGAGAAUUUAACACAAUCAGUUCAAAAGGAGAAUGUGCAUGUAUAGGCAACUGGAAAACAACUCUAGACAAUGACGAAACUUAUGAACCUUCUCUUAUGCUUUAUCACAUGUGUAACAUAGAAGUAGGAACAUGGAACUGCGUCAACAGAACUAAAAUAAAAACAACAGUGUUCAUUGUAGCUGUUUUAGUAAUUACUAUAGCUUCAAAGAUAGUACUACUAAUGUGUAUUUUAAGCUGGUGCUACAAACAUUUUAAAAAGAAUAAAGAAAUUGUUAUUUGUACUCAAGAAAAUUCAGAUGAUCUGAAGAAACUACUUAUUCCAGAACCCAUUAAAUAUAAUGAAUGUGUUUGUUCUCAAUUAAAAUUGCAUGAAAGACGUCAACGACUGCACCAGGAAACUAUUGAUAUUAGUUAUUAUCCAGGUCAAACGGAUAAAAGAAUCUCAUUUGGAAAACCUAUUCCUGAGACUUCAAGGUCUUAUGCAAACAAAGAGAAAGAAUAUAGCAUACAUCUAAGUCCCAGUACGUCAACAACCAGCAACGAUGAGGAAUACGUAGACAGCACAGAUAAUGAAGAUAUCAAGGAAGAAUAUUUAGAGAAUAGCCAUGUUGUAAACAAGGAAAACUCAAAAAGAUCUGUACAAACUCAUGACAACGAUAACUCAACUGAUUACAGUAUUCGGUUGAGUCAAACCACUUCGAGUCCUGAAGUAGCUCAAAGUGAAGCAGAAGGAAAUAGAGGUGAAGAAACUAACAACCGUGGAGAAUAGAUAAUUAGUUUUUUUUUGUAUACAACACAUUUUUUAUAUGUAUCUAUAAAACUUAAUAUACAGGGUGUCCCGAAAAGAUUGGUCAUAAAUUAUACCACACAUUCUGGGGUCAAAAAUAGUUCGAUUGAACCUAACUUACCUUAGUACAAAUGUACUCAUAAAAAAAGUUACAGCCCUUUGAAGUUACAAAAUGAAAAUCGAUUUUUUUCAAUAUAUCGAAAACUAUUAGAGAUUUUAUAUUGAAAAUGGACAUGGGGCAUUCUUAUGGCAUGAACAUCUUAAAAAAAAAAUUAUAGUGAAAUUUGUCCACCCCAUAAAAAUUUUAUGGGGGUUUUGUUCCCUUAAGCCCCCCCAAACUUUUGUGUACGUUCCAAAUAAUUCAUUAUUGUGGUACCAUUAGUUAAACACAACGUUUUUAAAACUUUUUUGCCUCUUAGUAUUUUUUCUAUAAGCGAGUUUUUAUCGAGAUACGGCUUCUUUUUUAAUAUAUUUACAUACAAAUUUUAUGGGGGUUUUGUUCCUUUAAA